AUGUCCAGCAAGAAGAAGCAGCAAGUAUACAGUACGUGCGAGAAAUGUGGAUGCACCCUUUUGGUAAAAGAUGUUCAACGGCACAAUGACGUGUGUUCUUCUCCACCUGAAGUCUGGGAGAUGUCGUUUAUCAAACAGCGCUGCUUAAUGAAAGGGUUUGUGGUACAACUCGAGAAGUGGGAAGAAUUCUUGCCUCCUAACGCUAGCGGAUGGCUUCGAAGGCACUCUGUAUUCAUUCACCCUCAAGCUAUGGAGAUACUUGGGGUAACACCAAGGCAACCUGUACGUGUCAGCACGCCAUUUAAAGAAUAUGUAGGAGUUCUAUGGCCAUGCAAAGAGUUAGGAGCAAUGCGCCUGUCACUUUCUGAAGAAACUCCACCAUGGGAGAAACUUGCAUCCAUUACACCGGUUUGGAACAGCACUCCUCUUCGCAGCAUUUCUGUCUCUUUGAAGCCAUUCUAUUCAACAUCCUCUGAUUCGCUCAGAGACUACCUUCAGGCAUAUCUGACAAAUGCAUACAUUCAACCGGGUGUUGCGAUUACAAUCAACUACUACGGGAAAGUUAUCGAAGUCAUCCCAAACACUCCUAUUGAACUAUCUCUGAAAAAAUUAUCGAUGGAGGAAGGCGAAUUAGAGUCAGAUGAUGUCAUUUUUGUCACUGAUGGAUGUACGCUUUGUAUAUCAGAGUCAAGUAGUGAGUAUUCUGUGCCACUAGAUGGAAUGCGCAUACUGUCAUCCAUUGGGGGCAUGCAUACUGCAAAAAAGACGCUGAUGGACUUCGUCGUAAGACCAUUCCUGAAAGAUAGAACAUGCUGCUCUGUUCUCUUGUGGGGCCUACCGGGUAGUGGCAAGACUCUUCUUCUUUCGUCAAUUUCGAAAUCUUUCGGAGAAUCCGCUUCUUACUACAAGUCAAUGGAUGAACUGUACGAGAAGUAUGCGCUCAUUCCAGCUCAAAAUAUUGUUAUUCUGGAUUGGCCUCAAGUUGAUAAAGAUCAUAAGGGUUUCGCCAAAUUAAUGCAGUUAGUUGAUGACCACCCGUGUGCCGGAGUGAUACUUUCCAUUCGUUCAGCAGAUGAUCUGGAUCUUGGCAUUAGGGUACGAUUUCCAGUAGAAGUCGAAGUCGACGUACCGAGUGAAGAGGAGCGGCUCGAGAUUCUUCGUUCAUUGACUGGUCGACCCCCGGAUUAUGACCUCGUGGAAUUAGCAAAGCGAACGCACGGUUUCACGGGAGGUGAUCUGAAAUCGAUUGUUACUGCAGCCCGCUUCACUGAAGGAACUUCCGAAAGUGAGAGACUAGAGAAUGCACGUAAACGUGUACGACCGACUGGUAUUCGUCAGUUCAUUCUUGAGGUGCCUCACGUCCGCUGGGACGACAUUGGAGGAAAUGAAGAGUUGAAGCUUGAGAUUCAGCAGGCUGUGAUUUGGCCUCGACAACACAAAGAUGCUUUUGAACGAUUCGGCAUUGAUCCACCAUCAGGUAUUCUUCUCUACGGUCCACCUGGGUGCAGCAAAACAUUAGUGGCACGAGCUCUUGCUAGUGAAUCGAAGAUGAAUUUCCUUGCAGUGAAAGGACCAGAGUUAUUCAGUAAAUGGGUCGGAGAGUCUGAGAAGGCGAUACGGGAUCUGUUCACUAGAGCUAGACAGGUGGCUCCCACCAUAGUAUUUUUCGAUGAGAUUGAUGCUGUUGGAGCUUCGCGAGGUUCAGAAAAGAGUUCAGGGGUAUCUGACCGUGUAUUAGCACAAUUACUUACCGAAUUAGAUGGUCUUGAGAAACAGAGUGGUGUGCUUUUACUCGCUGCUACAAAUCGACCAGACCAAUUGGAUAGUGCGUUGCUUAGACCAGGUAGACUAGAUCGCGCAAUUUAUGUUGGUCUUCCAAACUCGGAGACAAGACGAGCGAUAAUCAAAAUGCGGACAUCGCGUAUGCUUUUACAACCUGACAUAGUUGAGAAGCUCGUUGAUAAAACCAGAGACACGACGCUGGUGCAAAUAAAAGUGGUCAAUAAGCAACUUCACCGUUUUAAAGUCGGUAUCCGCUACUCUGGUGCCGAACUUGUGGCGGUAUGUCGACAAGCAGCUCUUCUGGCCAUGCGAGAAAAUAUCGCGGCGACCACUGUGAAAUGGACUCAUUUCGAAGAAACACUAGAGACGAUUGUACCACGAACUGAGCCGCACAUGCUAGAGGCCUACGAACGCUUCAGACGGGGUGUAAUUUAA